UCAAAGGAAUUGUUAGCUGUGUCUACAAAAAGGGAAUACAGCAGGAUAGAUCCGAUGCAACAGGUGACUGGAAAGGGCAGGAAGUCGACCUGAAGUGUCAAGCCCUGUAUCUCCUGUGACUGGUCUCCUAUGCCCACUGCCCACUCCCAAGAUGGUCUGUAGACUGAGGAUACAGGUCACACAGCUGAGGUCAGCACAGGAAUUCUGGUUUUGAAGAAAUAUACCUUCCCAGCUAUGUGUCCUUAGCAGGUUUCUGUGCCUCUGUUUCCCAUCUAUGGAAGGGGAUAACAAGCGUCGUCAAGUACUCAAGAUCAAAGAGGCAAGGGCAAUGGGAGCUAAGUUGGUAUUUGCUUGACUCUGCUGAGCCAUCCUCUAGAAAAUGCCUACUAUGCUAAGGUAUGUGAGUGUUCAGUGUGGUAGUGGUGUUUGCAGGGAACCGAGGCAGGCUGGGGCCCUCCUGCAAUGGCCUCAGCUGUUCUCCCUGUCUCAUGUGUCGCUGGAGUUGCAUUCUUUCUUUCCAUUGCCUGGACAUUUUCGUACCUUUCCAUAACACCCUCCACCUCACUCAGGUGUUUGCUUCAAUACGUGACAACCUCAAACACCUCCUUCAGGUCCCAACCACCUGCUUCACUUUAAAGCCUGCGUUUUUCAUAGAAUAGUGUAUAAGAGGCUCUGGCUCCAGCCCUGAGUAGUUGAAAAGUCACCCAACUAGUCCAUGCCUCAAUUUCCCUGUGUGUAAACUGGAACCCACAAUACUCUCGACCUCUGGGGAUUACCCUGAGGGACAAAUAAAGGGACACACCAGAUCGUUGGGAACGACGUCUGGUUAGGGACAAGGAUGUGACCCUCGUUAUUGUUGUGAGGCACCCCUUAUCCAACUGCAAGAUCCAAGGGGUGGGGCUUCACCAUACCCCAGGCGUGGGUGCAAGCCACUCCGGAUCUUCCGCCCCAAGCUCCCGGAGGACCAAACCGCCUUUCUUGCGCCGGUUGAGCCCGAAGAGGGCGAGGAGUGGCUGCGUCGUGGAAAGGUUGUCACUCAGUAGGUGCUCAAGGAGCGGCCGGUGUCAGCACGGGGGACCCAAAGCACGCUCCCUCCCCGCCUCCCGCGUGGUACCGUUCAGGUGGCCCACAUGGUCUUGAAGGGUGUUUCUGCUUCCAACGACACCCAUCCCCACAACAAAGAAACUCGCCAUUCCCGGCCGCCUCCCCUCAGUGCACCCCGGAGGCACAGCGGGCCCGGAGCGCCGUGCGCCUCGCAGUUGCCCCCUGAAAUCGCAGCUCGGGAGCUGUCCCUGCCUCUUCCCGCAGAAUUCCGUCGAAGCCAUCGCGGCCACUAGCGCGGAGCAAAGGUGCGCGCACGCUCGGUGUCGGCGUGGUGUCCCUCCGCCGUCAGUCGUGGACUCCUUUUCGUGUCCUUCCACCGAGCCCGGGCGGUGUCCGGGUGGCUCACCGGGGGCGGCGACGCGUCUGCGGCGCGGCAGCGAGGCUCGGGGGCUAUGAGGUGAGGACGCCCGGGGACCGGAGGCGGCACCCGGCGCUGCGCGAGAACGCAGGACGCGAAGCCCCGAAGUCGGCGGAUGCCUCUCAGAUCCCGCGACUGCGCGCGAGGUGGAGGUGGCCUGGGGAGUUGGAUCAGUUGGUAAAGUGCCUGCCACACAAGCAUGAGGAGCUGAGAUAGUACAGUGAAGGAAUGAUUAGAGGAAUUCUUCUCACAUUAACUUAUGCACCACACAGAGGUCUUGUCACAACUGGGGUUCCUGCUUCAUAUCUUGAGAGAACAUUGAAAUUAUUCUCUAAGCUAUCUGAAGAGAGUGACUAAAUGCUCCUGGGUCAGGCUGUCUGUGGGUAUGAAGUGGUUGGGAGACUCCAAGAACAUGGUGGUGAAUGGCAGGAGAAAUGGAGGCAAGUUGUCUAAUGACCAUCAGCAGAAUCAAUCAAAAUUACAGCAGCACUCGGGCAAGGACACCCUGAAGACCGGCAGAAACGCCGUUGAGAGGCGGUCCAGCAGAUGUCAUGGUAACUCGGGAUUUGAAGGGCAGAGCCGCUAUGUGCCGUCCUCUGGAAUGUCCGCCAAGGAGCUCUGUGAGAACGAUGACUUAGCAACCAGUUUGGUUCUUGAUCCCUACUUAGGUUUUCAGACACACAAAAUGAACACUAGCGCCUUUCCUUCGAGGAGCUCGAGGCAUAUUUCAAAAGCUGACAGUUUUUCUCACAACAAUCCUGUGAGAUUUCGGCCUAUAAAAGGAAGGCAAGAAGAGCUAAAGGAAGUAAUUGAACGCUUUAAGAAAGAUGAACACUUAGAGAAAGCUUUCAAAUGUUUGACUUCUGGGGAAUGGGCACGGCAUUAUUUUCUCAACAAAAACAAAAUGCAGGAGAAAUUAUUCAAGGAACAUGUCUUUAUUUACUUGCGGAUGUUUGCAACUGACAGUGGAUUUGAAAUACUGCCUUGUAAUAGAUAUUCUUCAGAACAAAAUGGAGCCAAGAUAGUUGCAACAAAAGAGUGGAAACGAAAUGACAAAAUAGAAUUACUGGUGGGUUGUAUUGCCGAACUUUCAGAAAUUGAGGAGAACAUGCUACUUAGACACGGAGAAAACGACUUCAGUGUCAUGUAUUCCACAAGGAAAAAUUGUGCUCAACUCUGGCUCGGUCCUGCUGCAUUUAUAAAUCAUGAUUGCAGACCUAACUGUAAGUUUGUGUCAACUGGUCGAGAUACAGCAUGCGUUAAGGCUCUGAGAGAUAUUGAACCUGGAGAAGAAAUUUCUUGUUACUAUGGAGAUGGCUUUUUUGGAGAAAAUAAUGAGUUCUGCGAAUGUUAUACUUGUGAAAGACGGGGAACUGGUGCUUUUAAAUCACGAGUAGGACUGCCUGCGCCUGCUCCUGUUAUCAAUAGCAAAUACGGACUUAGAGAAACAGAUAAACGCUUAAAUAGGCUUAAAAAGUUAGGUGACAGCAGCAAAAACUCAGACAGUCAGUCUGUCAGCUCUAACACAGAUGCAGACACCACUCAGGAAAAAGACAAUGCAACUUCUAAUCGAAAAUCUUCAGUUGGUGUGAAAAAGAGCAGCAAGAGUCGAGCUCUGACAAGGCCGUCCAUGCCGAGAGUCCCGGCUGCUUCCAACUCUACCUCACCCAAGCUAGUGCACACCAACAAUCCCCGGGUACCAAAGAAACUGAGAAAGCCGGCAAAGCCUUUACUCUCCAAGAUCAGACUGCGGAAUCACUGCAAGCGGCUGGACCAGAAGAGCGCAUCCCGCAAGCUCGAGAUGGGGAGCUUAGUGCUUAAGGAGCCCAAAGUCGUGCUAUAUAAAAAUUUGCCAAUUAAGAAAGAAAGGGAGCCAGAGGGACCAGCCCAUGCUGCAGUGGGGAGUGGGUGCUUGACUAGACAUGCUGCGAGAGAACACAGGCAGAAUCAUGGGAGAGGUGCUCAUUCGCAGGGCGACAGUUUGCCCUGCACCUACACAACCCGGCGCUCUUUGAGGACAAGGACAGGUCUGAAGGAGACCACUGACAUCAAGCUUGAACCAAGUCCCUUGGAUGGCUAUAAAAAUGGUAUACUGGAACCUUGCCCAGACAGUGGCCAGCAGCCAACCCCAGAGGUGCUGGAAGAACUGGCUCCUGAGACUGCACACAGGGAGGAAGCAUCCCAGGAGUGUCCCAAGAACGACUCCUGCCUGUCACGAAAGAAAUUUCGACAAGUGAAACCUGUGAAACACUUAGCAAAGACCGAGGACUGCAGUCCAGAGCACAGCUUCCCUGGGAAAGACGGGCUGCCAGAUUUGCCAGGGUCUCAUCCUGAUCAAGGUGAGCCCAGUGGCACAGUCAGGGUGCCCGUGAGCCACACGGACUCUGCUCCCUCACCGGUUGGCUGCUCUGUUGUCGCACCCGACAGCUUCACAAAAGACAGCUUCAGAACUGCACAAAGUAAAAAGAAGCGGCGGGUCACCAGGUACGAUGCACAGCUGAUCCUGGAGAACAGCUCUGGAAUCCCCAAGCUGACGCUUCGCAGGCGGCACGACAGCAGCAGCAAGACAAACGACCAUGAGAGUGACGGCGUGAACUCCUCCAAGAUCAGCAUCAAACUCAGCAAGGACCACGACAGUGACAGCAACCUCUAUGUUGCCAAGCUCAGUAACGGGGUCAGCGCAGGGCCGGGCAGCAGCUCCACCAAGCUCAAGAUCCAGCUCAAGCGGGAUGAGGAGAGCAGGGGGCCAUGUGCAGAGGGCCUGCACGAGAACGGGGUGUGCUGCAGCGACCCCCUCUCCCUGCUCGAGUCCCAGAUGGAGGUGGACGACUACAGUCAAUAUGAGGAGGACAGCACAGAUGAAUCCUCAUCUUCUGAGGGGGAGGAGGAGGAGGAGGACUGCGAGGAUGACUUCGAUGAUGACUUCAUUCCUCUUCCUCCGGCAAAGCGGCUGAGGCUAAUUGUUGGUAAAGACUCCAUAGAUAUUGACAUUUCUUCAAGGAGAAGAGAAGAUCAGUCUCUAAGACUGAACGCAUGAGCGCUCACUCAUUGUUCUGGAGAACUAAAAAGUAAAAAUCCCGCCACAGCUUCUUGGCACAGCACUUCUGUGGUCUCUUCACCUGUAGGCAUAAUACUGUAGAAAGUGUACAGCAUCCUGACUCUUAAGUCUGAUUUGUGCAAAUUUUUAUUGUACUUUUUAAAUAGCCUUCUUAUGUGCAAUUCCGAGGGAAAGCCCUGUUGUAAAAUAUCCAGUGACAGCAGCUCUCCACAUAGGGCCUUCAGACACUCAUGUGGUUAGACCAUGUUGUCACCUAUAAGAGCAAACGCCAGCCCUCCUCUCCUCCAUAGAUGACUAAACCGUAGUUAGGGCGGAGCAGAGCAGAGCAGCCUUGUGGGAAGGGUUUCCAGCAUCUGCGCCUAUCACCAGCAUUGACCUCUGGCUUUUGGUUUAUUUGCUAGAUGUUUCCCCCUUGGAGUUGUGUCGGUUUCACACUGUUUACUGGCCCAGGUGUCCUGUCCGUGGCCUUCGUUACCAUAGCAGACCAUUGGCUGGAAGUCAGAUUGAUUUCUUUGAAGAAAAAAAAGUGAACUUGAAUCUUGUGCGUGACAGCUCGUUCUCAGUACAUUCUCUAUCGAGGCUGGCGGUGUGCAGGGUGGGUUUUCAGAGCGGCUUAUUUAUUGCUUUUUGUGUAAAUUAAAGACCGUGUAUUUAACACUUUCCAAUCCUUUUAGAUAAAAUUGUUCUUUGCAAGAAUGAUUGGUGCUUAUUUUUUCAAACCUUUGCUGUGAACAGCGUGGCGACAGCGAGCAGCGUUUGUCCAAUGAACUCCAGCUAUCUUAAUUUGGGUCUUCAAGUUUCUGUUGCACUUGUAAAAUGCUACAAGGAAUAUUAAAAGAAAUCUAUUCACUUUAACUUAUAAUAGUUUAUGAAAUAAGAACAUGAGUCACAGCUUUUGUUCUGUGGUAACCUAUACAAACAUUUGUCUUUGGGAUUCAAUGUAAAGAGCUGAAAACGAUGUAUAUGUUGUAAAUAUUUGUGUGUUGUGAGAAAUUUUUGUCAUAAGAAAUUAAAAGAACUUACCAGGAAGGUUUUUAAGUUUAGAAAUAUUCAUGCCAAUAAAAUAGGAGAUUAUAAAUAAUAGUGUAAGCACUGCAUCAGUGGACGUCUUGGCUUAUGUUAGUUUAUUAUGAAGAUAUCAGAUUGUUUUGAUUAUAUUAUCAGUCAAACAAAAAGAGGAGUCAGAUUUAAUUUGUUUUUGAAGCACUUUGAGAAGAGAAAUUAAUUUUAAGUAACUUAAUGAGCAAUUUUUGAUUACUGCUUUAUGUUCAAUACCAGGCUUGUUUGUUUCUCUGGAUUAUUUUACAAAUCAAAGAAUUUGAGAAUAUCAGUCUAUAGCAGGUGUAUGACACCAGUGGGUCUGUUUAUUUACUGGGAAAUGUAUAGCUGCCCAUUCAGAUAGAUAGUGUUACUAAAUGACACAAGCUAAUGGACUCAGUGUUCCAGUGUGUCAGAAGGGACCUGCAGGGAGUGAAAGGUCCACCAGAGAGCAUCUCCAUGCUUUCCUUUUGCUGAUGACACCUACCAGUAUUCAGCUUGGGGAUGCUUUGGUUCUCAAAGCUGUUGCUUGUAGGUCCCAGUGCAAGUUAGCAAGAUUUAUGAAUGUUUCUAGGCCAUGAUGUCUUUGCUCCUGUGCAUGGUAGGAUUCCCUGCUGUGGUCCUAUACAGUCUUGUCUUUGCCAUGCAGUCUCACCCUGUUGGGUAUCUAUGUCAUUUGGAAGCAGAAGGAGAGACUGCAGUGUGCCUACACACACACACACACACACACACACAAACCAUUUGCUAUAGCCGUGAAGAAAGGUAGCCCUGUGUCUCAAGACUUCCUGUCUCAAAGCACCCAGAGCACCUCCAUGAUGUUCCCAGUCUUCAUGGGUUCCCAAGUGUAAGUGUGAGCCAUGUGCCACCUCCAGGAAGCUGACGGUGAGCUCAGGAGCCUGCACAGGGUAACUGGUCACCUUCAUUCUCAUGUUCUCUUGGGCUGUUGAGACUUAAAUCCUCGAAUUUCUUUGAAUACCAACAAUAGCCAUUUCAGGAAUUUCAAUCUUAAGGAAAAAGUAACAAAAUAACAAUUUCCCAUUUUCUCCAUUUUAAGCUUAAUUUUAGUAACUUAUUUAUGAUGUUUAUUUUAGUUUUGUUGUGGCCUCAUCUUUGGAGGCCGACCUUCCCAUGGGUCUAAGAGCAGUGACAUUGUGAGGAGUUGCUGCCUCUCAGGAGUUGUAUGCACAAGCAUUCAGCAGUGCUGCUGAUGCCUUCUAGGGAACCUUAUUUCCGUUUCUCAAGGCAGGGGCCUCGGACUGUUCUCGAUCUGCUGUAGAACUUCACUGUGGGGGUGCCAGAACCCCACACUCUUGACCAGUCUGGAAGAGGAUACACUCAAUAAAACUCUCAGCUUGAGCUUAUGCAAUGAUUGGUAAAGUUUUUGGAAAUUGUAAGAAUUAGGAAAUGAUCCUAGAAAUAUAUGUAAAGUAUUCAAUUUUCAAUCAUUUUUCAAAUUACUGUUUUAAAUUGUUUUGCUGAGUUGUAAUACUUUUGAGAUACAAUGUAUUCCUUGUACUGAAAGAAUGAAAAGGACUUUUUCAGCAUUUGAGGUAAGUUCUUUAACGUUUCAUUAAAAAACAUUUUUUACAAAUAUUUUGUACAUGCACUUGCAGUAUUGAGGUUAAUCAUUUUAAUAAAUUCGGAAAUUAAAAUGA